GACAUCUCCUGUAAGAUUUAACCCCUCAGUGGUUUUUGUCAACCAUUAAUCUCAUGUACAGGAGGAGCUCAUGGCUUAAACUAGGAAAAUAAAAUGAGGAUUGUAUAAAAGGGGGAAUUUUACUUAAAAUUGUGAAAGUUAUUACUUAUAUCACCUUCAUCCAAACUCAUAUCAAGUUAUAGUAUGUGUGAAAGCUACAAUAUCCCAGAAGAACAUGUAUGAGUACGUGCUUCUAGAAUAAGGAUAUUCUGCCGUCCACUCUUCAUAAGAGGUUAUACUCAGUAACACAAGCUUUUGAGCAUCAAAUCUCCCAUUGAGUAAAGUGGCCAAACUAGCUGGGCUGGGUGCAAAGUGGGAGGCGACCGGGCAGCAUCAGGAUGGGCUGAGCUUCACCUUGUGUCAAAAGAGAGGAGCGCAGAGAGGAGAGCCAGGUGAAGAUGUGAGAACAGAGUGAGAGGGAGGAGACGCAGGAGAUGAAAGAGUGAGAGAAUUGCCCUCAACCAACUCGAGUCAACGUCUUUAAUGAGAGUUUGUGAAACGUUUCUGCGACAAUCAUGGCUACCACCUGGAGAUUUGCACUGUUUCUGUGCGUGAUGCUGCUGGGGUCCGGAGGCCCGAGCCUGGCCAGUGAGGAGCCAGGGACCACGGCACCCAGCGGUGGUCACGGGGUCGUCCCAAGCUCAGGUCCGGCCCCUGGUCAUGGAGACACUGGUGAUGGUCACGGCGGGGAGCCCAUCACCACCCUGCCAAUUGUGACCUGGAAGUGGCACCAUGUCUCCACCCCGUACAUGGUGGCUCUGUGGAUCCUGGUCAGCUGGCUCUGCAAAAUCAGUGAGUUCCACCGAGUCCGGUUCCAUGAAGAGCUGAUGGGUCCUGACACAAAACAAGGCCAGGACUGUGACUAAUAUUUUUGAUAUUGAUUAAUCUGGUUAAAUUAAAGAAAAUAGUGACAAAUGUUAAUUUAAACUUUCCCUCAG